GAAACACUACUUGCAACCAUUUUUAUUUUACAGCUAAGGUCGGUCUUUUAGCUCUCUUGUCGUAGAUUUGCCGGGGGUGUAACUCCAACCCUUCGUCAUCACAAAUCUUGGUUUUCUUCUUUCUAAAUGCGGCUCGCUGCUCCAAAUUACUUGAUUCGGGCAUCAUUUCGAGCUUUUUGAUGCGAUUCUACGAGCUGGUUUUGGAUUUUUAGAAGGCUUUAUAUCUUUUGUGUUAAUCUCUGAUUAGUUGAAUUAACAUGCCCUCUCUUCUAUCGCGAUCUUCAUCGACUAAGGAGCUGAGAAAUGGGGAUGGGAGCGGCGGCGGCAAGUCGCAUCUGUUCUUGAACGUCUACGAUCUCACUCCAAUCAACAAUUACCUUUAUUGGUUCGGGCUAGGAAUUUUCCACUCUGGAAUAGAAGUUCAUGGAAUGGAGUAUGGCUUUGGCGCCCAUGAGUACCCAACAAGUGGAGUAUUUGAAGUAGAGCCCAAAAGCUGCCCUGGUUUUGUUUUUCGUCGUUCUGUGUGGUUGGGCUCCACAGACAUGUCUCGUUUGGAGUUCCGCUUGUUCAUGGAACAGCUUUCUGGGAAGUACUAUGGUGAUUCCUACCAUUUGAUUGCAAAAAACUGCAAUCAUUUUACUGAUGAUGUGUGUAUGCGUCUGACUGGAAAACCAAUUCCAGGAUGGGUAAAUCGACUUGCCAGACUAGUUUCAGGUUCGUUAUGCAACUGUCUCCUGCCUGAAAACAUUCAGGUCUCAGCUGUCAGCCAUUUACCAGAUCAUUCAGCAGUAUCUGAAGAUGGAUCGGAGUCUUUUGCUUCAACCAUGGAGAGUGAUGAUGAUUCAGCCGAUCGGUGUCUGCUAACACUACCCAUAAGCGAUCCUACACAUCCAAGAGAAAAAGCAUUAAGGAUGGCCAGAGAUAUUAUUUGAGAUCUUAAUUUCCCAUUAUCGCACAGUUCUCUGCUUCUUAAUUUCGGAUCCAUCAUCUUUCCUUAAAGCUUGCAUUCUUUGCGCUCAUGGAAGGAGCCUACCUGUAGAAUUGCAAAUUACCGAAAGCAACUGUAAUUGUAAGUUGGAGAAUUAACCUUUUCAUUUAUUUAAUGAUUUUCAUUCCAAGUUAUCCAUAAUGUUUGAGAACUUGAAUUUUUAUUUAUUUAUUUAUUUAUUUAUUUUUG